AUGGCAUUUUCAAGUGAAAAAGACGCUGGAAUUGGCGGAAAGAGAGCUCAAAGAAGAACAAGUACAAGUUUGUUUCUCGCCACCGUCCUGUUGGCAUCCUCCUUCUCCGUGACUUCAUCAUUUCUUUUGCACCAAAAGAGCAUGGGUGGUCCAUUAUUGGUUCCUUCCCAGUGUGUCUCUGCGUCCACAAAGAAGAAUUACAAGAAGAAAAGGAAAAAGAAGACGGUAGUGGGCCUGGUACCGCUCCCCCACAAUGCCGCCGAUUUUCUGUUGGUUCCUUCCCAAGUCCCCAAUGGAAACAAGCAACACCAGUCGCGUCAGUCUACAUCGCAACUGUCCGUGUCAUUAUCCCAAGACGUUUCGGAAGCCACAGCAACAUCGCUACAUGCUGGAGCAAAUAAUGUCCUGAAGCAUCCCCUAAAAACCAACCAUCCCAAGCAAACAACGACUAAUCCUCGAACACGAACAGUCAACAACAACUGCAACAGGGCAAAUGCCAACCAACGCAGGAAUCCAGCUGACACAAACAAAAAAACAGCCAGAAGAAGUGUAGGGCGGACUCGCUUUGGCAAUCUCCCAGACAUUGAUUGGGGAGCGAUUUCCAUGGACCAUCUACGCGAGCACCCUCGGUUUGUGCCGUUGCCCUUACCAGAUGACUUGCCCAAAAUGACCAGUCUCGAAGAUGCCCGCAACAUUCGACAGGACUCUUGGCAGUGGGAUACCUUGCAUGAUGGACGCUGUACCACAUCGCAGGCGGUCGCAGCUCUGGGAUUCUUGGAGGAUAAGGCUGGAAACGAGUUGGGCAUCCCGUCCACAUGGCACCGACGAGGUGUCGGGGCCUAUGAACGAUUACAACAACCGGCAUUGCGAACCUUGCAAGAAAUGAAUGACGUUCUGAUACCGCCCAACAACAGCAACAAGAACACAAAUAAUAAUCUUGGCAAGGAUAGAAACAAGUUGUGGAAGCUUCCCGAAGAGGAGCACAUGAUCCAUGAGGAGAUGCAAACACAACAACAGCCAGCAAAGCAAAACAAGAGAGCGUUUGCUGCCAAAUACUUGCACAAAUUGUCCUCCAACGAACGACAAUCCCGUCGAAGAAGAGCUCUUCAAUAUGCAUCCGUGGGAGGAAUGGGCAUCCGUAUGAUGUGGGGGAAUUCGCAAGAGUCAACAUCAAUCUUGACGGCUCUCAACUACUUCCUGCAGCAAGACCCAAACGUGGUCAUGAAGGAGGUGGGCAUGUGUGGAGCCGGACUUUCCUUGAACCAGACUGACGGUGCGUCGCCCUCAUCGCUUUUAAUUGGGGCAACCCCCGAUGCUGUCAUUGAGCAUCCAGAUGGGCGGAUUGAGGCUGUUGAAGUCAAGAAUCAUUGCCCGUUUGUCGUCAGUAACACAUAUCGCAGAACGGGAACAGCAAACAAUCAAAACAAAAAAUAUACUGUGCGCGAGCUACCCUUCAAGAAACCAUACAUCUUCCCACUGUACGUUCCCCAGCUCAUGCUGGAGAUGCUCUGCCUGGGGCCCAAGUGCCGAUCGGCAGUAAUGGUUCGCCAAACAGCAACGAGUGGGGCUAUGAUUCUUCGGAUUCAACGUGAUGAUGCUUGGAUCGAGGAGAUGCUCUACUGGUUGCAGCGUUUCCAGCAGGAUUUUGUGGAGCGGCAGGAACAACCGAAAGAGGACUUCUUCUAUAGUGACCCAGAGGAUGGGCCAAGGUACCGUGCCUUCUUGGAAAGGACCAAGGAGAUCGCCAACUCUGUCGAUUUGGUAUCCAAGGUCCCACACCGGAUGAUACAACGCUCGCACUCUGCCGAAUCCAUGUUUCUGGACUAG